AGUAUUAUUACCUCUAAUGGCUUCAGGGAAACCUUCAGUGAGACACCCGAGCCACAACCAUCCAUUGCGCGGCUACAAAGCCCAAGCUGAAGACGAGAUCAUCUGCUCUGGUUGCGACCUAAACCUAAUCGGUGCAUCUUUCAAGUGCACAAAGUCAGAUUGUGAUUACUUCUUGCACAAGUCAUGUUUGGAUCUUCCACGAGAGAUCCGUCACAAGUCUCACCCUAAUCACCCUCUAACCCUCCUCUAUUCCCCACAGAAUAAUAACUCCACGUACACUUGUAACGCAUGUGGUGAGUAUGGAUCCGGGUUCACUUACAACUGCUCUACCUGCCAGUACGAUGUUCACGUUGGAUGUGUGUCUAUGCCAGAGACCAUGAAGCAUAGCGAGCACGCCCACACGCUCGCUUUGAUCUACAGUCUUCCUUGCCCAAAGGAUCACGUGUUUGGCUGCGAUGUUUGCGACGAAACUAUGUUGGAUAAUCAGUGGUUGUACUAUUGCAAGACAUGUGACUUUGGUGCUCAUUUACAUUCAUGCGUCGCUGAAGAAGAGGAAAAGCCGAAAAGAGGAGGAAGAGGAAGAGGUGGAGAAGGAGGAAGUAGUAGUGGAAGAAGCUCGGCGAAUUCAGAGCUAGCUGCCAUGUUAAAGGCUCAAAGAGAGAUGGAGCAGAUGCAGAUUGCUCUACACUUGGAGAUGCAAAGAGCUAAGAUUGAUAAAAAGUCAAGAAAGCAUAUGCUCAAAAUGAUCUAAGAUAUCGACUCGUCUAUUGCUCUCGGAAUCUUGAAACCUAUUUUAAAACUUUAUCACUUUUUUCUUGUUUUAAUGUUU